AAAUGAUUACGAUGAUGCGAAACUUAUCUAAUAUUACUUCUACUAUUCAACAUAUACUUACCAAUACACUUCAGCACCAUAACAAUGAUACUGCUACUUUUCAGAUCAAUUCUCAAAAUCCAACUCAGCCACAACCAUCU